AUGCAGCCUGUACCGCUGUUGAUCAAGAACCUGGACCAGCUGGGGGCUCUCACCAAUAACACCGAAUCAGCGGAGCUCACGGUGCUGGGGUACUUGAUGAUGGCGGUACCUCUUGAUGUACAGCUGUGUCGUUUGGUGAUCUUCGGAGCACUUCUGGGCAUGCCUUGCGAGGGCGUGGUCUGCGCGGCUGCCACUAGUGUCCAGGACCCCUUCACUUUGCCCUCGCACCUCAUCAUGAAAGACCCCAAGGAGUACGCGGAGGCAGUCCGGAGAAGCUACGAGACCCGGCGCUACUUCGAUCAUGGGCACUGGUCCGCAACACUGGGCCUGUUUGAGCCGAGCUUCGGUUCAGUUCUUCCGAUGGAGGGCACAGAGAUCGAGGCCCCGACAGAUGGCACCAUGGAUCUUAUCGCCUGUUUGGACGCGCUGCCCACCAGCGAGGUGAAGUCAGUGGAGUCCCUGGAGACCAAGGCCUGCCCCAUUUGCCUGGACGGCUACGCGGUGGGCGAGGCUUUGAAGACUUUGGCCUGUGGCCACGCCUUCCACGCCGGGUGCAUGGAGCAAUGGGGCCAGGGCAAUGAUGGGUGCCAGACAUGCGGCAAGCCCUGGCGCCCGCAGUGA